AUGCCUACUAUGGGUUUGGACUCAAUAGUGUAUUUGUUAUACGAGUAUUGGAUCGACACCACCGAUGAACAUAUUAAAGAAUAUCCACUUAUUGGCGGAGGACCUGGUUUAUUUAUAUUAAUUAUGUUAUCAUGGUUAUUGUUUGUCACUAAAUUGGGUUCAAAUUUUAUGAGAAAUCGCAAGCCAUUUGUAUUGCGGGAAAUAAUGAUAGCAUAUAACUUGAGUAUGGACGCAAGUCAUGAAACCCAAGACUACCCCCGAGUAACCAAUGGUCCCAUAAAGCCAUCCAAGAGUUGCCCGAAAAAGUUGUUUACGGAUAUUCAAAUUCCUUUAAUGGGUUACCUUGUGGUUAAACAAUGCCCGCAAACAUUUGUUGUGGAAAUGUUUUGUUUUCUUAACUCCAGUGUCCAUGUGAUUAUGUAUUCAUAUUAUCUAUUGUCGGCAUUUGGACCCCAAAUACAGUCCUAUUUAUGGUGGAAGCGAUAUAUCACACGAUUGCAGUUAAUACAAUUUGCUUUGCUUAUUGUCUAUGCCUUUUAUUGUGGCAUAGAUAAUUAUGAUAAAUAUGAAUAA